GGAAGAAUCUUAUAAACCAAGAAGCUAAGUUCCAGAGCCAGUUGAAUGAUCUUUCGAAACAAUUAUCAAUACGCGAUGCUGAAGCUACCAAGUUGCGUUUCCAAAUGGAAGAACUCCAGAGGGAUGUUUUUGCUAAAUCAGCUGGAAUGGACAGAUUGCAGGCUGAAGUUAAUGCGGCAACAAAAGAAGCAGAUUUAAUUCGCCAAAAAAUACAUCAUUUAGAAACUGAAUUAGAAAAUUAUAGAAGAAGAAACGCUGAUCUUGCGGAGGAAAUACAACAACAAAAAGAUGCGUAUAGCAAUUAUGAAUUAGAGACACAGUCAAAGAUAAACGAAUUAGAAGGAGUAAUUAAAAACCUGAGAAUAAGAAUAGAAACUUUAGAAAAUCAAAUUCAUGAACUGCAGACAGAAAAAGAUCAAUUACAAGUUAAACACGCCGAGUUGCAAACGCAAAGAGACGAAGAGAGGAAGAAACUAGCGGAAACAUUAGAUGCAACAUCUAAACAAAAAGAAGAAAUCGAAAGGAAAUGGAAAGAAGAUUUCGAAAAGUUGCGCACAGUAAACAUAUUAAAGGAACAGGAAUUACUUGACGACUUUGAAUGGAAAUUGAGAGAAGUUCAACAAGUUUGCAAAAAGAAAUUGGACGAUAAAGAUAAAACUAUCGAAGAAAAACUUCAAGAGGCAACAAAAGAUGCACAGAAGAAAAUGUCUGAAGCUGAAAGUAUGUUAGAACAGGUGGAAAUUUUGAAAUCGUAUGAAAUAGAAGUUCAGCAAUUGAGAGGUAGAACAACUGAACAAGAAAGAACGCUUCAACAAAUGAGGGACCAACAGGCUCAAAUGGUAGAGGCUGAAGCUAGCUUAAAACAUGAAACUAAAAGACUGCUUAAUCUCAUAGAAUUAGAAAAAGAAAAUUUGCAGCAUAUGCAAAGAAUACAUAGGCAAGAGAUCUUAGAUAAGGAAAGAAAAUUAAAAGAAACGCUAAAUCAAAAACGAACUGAAAUCGCUAUGUACUGGGAGGAAAAAUUGUUACACGAAUGUGGCAGAUUAAAAGAUGAAUUGGAGCAAAUCCAUGACGAAGAAAAGUACAACGCUAUGGAGGCAGUACGAAAAGAAAAGGAAGAGGAAUACAAGAAGAGGCAAAAUGAAUGGGAACAAAAGCUUAGAGAUUGUUUAAAAGAGAUUCAAUAUUUGAAAAAGGCACUCGAUGAAAAAGAUGAGUACUAUCACGAUGAACUUAUCAGUGUUAGAUCGAAGACGGAUAGAGAUAUAAUGGAGUUACGUAGGUUAAUGGACAAAAUUGACAUGACCCAUCACGAUAACUAUGACAAACUUGUUGAUCAACAUGAGAUGGAUAUAGAACAAUUAAAUUAUGAACAUGAAAAACAAAUAAGACUAUUAGAAGAAUCAUGGAGAAAUAAAGUAGGUGAUGUUUCUGCUAACCUUGAAGAAGUAAAACAACAAAUGGAAAAGGAAAAUUCACAAAAGAUCGAAAUGUUAAUUCAGCAACACAGGCUUGAAUUAGAUUCUCAAUGGCAAAAUCUAGUUCAUCAAAAAGAAGAAGCGGCACAGUUGAUAGAAAAAGAAUACGCUGCUAAAUGCCAAGCUUUAGAAGAGCAGUUCUAUACCCAACAAAAUUCACACGGCUCUAGAGAAGUAGAACUGUUGAAAACAAUAGAUUCGUUGAAGAACGAAUUGGAAAGUAAAGCAUCUGCACUAGACGAUUUGCAAAGCAACAUCGAUACAUUGGAAGGCGGUGUUCAGGUUCUAAACCAAGAAGUUGCCCAACAAACGGCAUAUGCGAAUAAGGUUAAAAAUGAAGCUGAUCAAAAAAUAAGAAGCUUACAUGAGACUAUCGCUAGAAUAUUAGAAGAAAGAGAAAAAGAAAGAGAAGCAUAUAGACUUAAGUUUAUGGGCAGUCAUAAACAAAGCCAGGAAACUAUCGAACACCUUCAAAGGAAAUGCAACUGUUUGACAAAAUUAUUUGAAGAAGUACGUCAACGUUAUGAACGACGUGAGUCUCGACAAGAAGACCUCAAUAUAAUAUCCGAUCUCAAACAAGUCAUCGCCGAACAAGAAAAAGAUCUCGCUUGCAUAAACGAAGAAAAACGGUACUUUCAAAUGAGACUGAUACAACUGGAACGACAUUUAGAACAACAAUCUUCCAUUGAAGAAGACGACUUUGAAGAUGCCCAAUCAUCUUCUCGAACUGAUCAUCCACAAAGUUCCCAGUCCCAAGUUUCAUCACAACCUCGAUCUUUUUUCCUACCUCCAAUCCCUAACGAUCCCAAUUUUAUACCGCCUAGUCAAAACGGUCCUAUUUUUAUACCGCCCACGAUACCAGAAACUGAGGAAUAAGGUAGUUUUUUAGUGGACCGAAGAGACAUUUUUUAUAAAAAUGUAUAUAAUUUUUUUCUUACUGUUAGUUUUAAUGUAUUUGAAACAUAACAAUAAUAUAUAAGCAAUAGUUUUUUAACGAAUUUCUAUUUGAAUCCGAAGCACUUUUGUUAUACAAUGUAAUAUUAAUGUUCACUAGAUUAUUUGUUUAUAUUUGUAUCUUUUUGUUUACGAAUAAUAUACACAUAUUAAUAACG